AUGAGAGUUGCUUCCACAUUGUUAUACAUUAUAGUCCUUGCUGGUAUUGCAGGGAUCACAUUCUCAGAGAACACGCCACCCUUGGAUCGCGCAAAUAGGUGCGAGCCCUAUUUCGGAGAUGCUGCAUGCCUUGGUCUUCUAAAGUCUCCAGAAUCUGUUUUUGUUGCAGCAGGAUGGACACAGGAGAGACUCCUUAAUGAGAUGAAUAUUAAAGCUAUUGGCCUUUUAGCGCAGAACAUUCCAGAGUGCGCACCAACCAACUUUACAAACAUGUUUGUCUGUAACACGGCAUUCAAACCAUGCAUCAAUGUCACAUUGCCAGACUCCACCACGAUUGCUAUGCGUCAGGGCGAGUGCCAGGCUGACUGCAUGACCAUCUUUAACAAAUGCAAGUUACCGGCAAGCCUUCUGAACUGCAGCGAUACCUAUCAGAACACCAAUAUCAUGCUUUAUCCACCUGCCAGCAAUAACUAUGACCUAUCACCCUACGGCGGACCUUCAGCCUACACUGUCGAUUGUCUUCGAAAUGACUUUGCAACCAAUGGAUCAAUCAUAAUCAAAUGCCCCGCUCCAUUGCUCCCAAGAGCAUCGUAUGGCGAGCAACAGCUGAUUGAUGAAGCGAAUGGAUACACUUUUGCCAGCCCACUUCCAUGCGUGUUCCCAUGUCCAGCACCAAUAUUCAAGGAUAGCGAGUGGUCGAUGCUCCGCAAGAUGGUGGAGGUCGUGUCGAUCAUCUCCUUCAUCUGUACAUCACUUGUGAUCUUCACCUAUCUGGUGAUCAAUCCCAAGCGUGAUCGUCAUUCAAUCAGUCUCACAUUCAUGGCGUUUGGCAUCUGGUGCAUUGGUAUCACUGAUAUGAUCUUGGCCGAUCGCGGAACCAGCGUCUACUGUCCCGAACCCGACAGAAUGGGUGUUCAAUCCGAUGCAUACUGUGGUGUCUCUGGCGCACUCUACCAAUUCGGUGCUGUCACUGGUGCCAUCUGGUGGGCAACAAUGGGCUUUGACCUUUGGUUAGUUAUUCGUAGAGUUAAGAAGCAGAUUUCUUUCGAGAAGUAUUAUAUGGUCAUCUUGUCAGUGGUCUCUAUCUUCUUCACAAUCCUUCCAGCUGGUAUGAAGAAGUAUUCAGCCUCAUUCGGUCGUAUUGGAUGUUGGAUUGGUGAUGAUAUUGUCCUGGACGGUGUGUUCUGGGCACCAUUCACACUGUGCAUCCUGGUUGGAGCAACAUUCAUCAGUUUGAUCUUGCGCGAAGUAUACAGGAUUGUGAAGAGAGCAGAGAAUGGAAAGAAGAAGUCAACUAGACUGCUCAGAUUCAACUUGAAGCCAUUCCUGAUCAUUGUUAUCCUGUUGGUAGAGUUCAUCUAUCUGUUUGCCUACAACCUCUACUAUCAGAUCAACAAGAACAACAUCAAGCAAGACCUGUCCGAUUGGGUCCAUUGUCUGAUGGAGAGAGGCCAGGAGAACUGCACGCUGAAACCGCUGCCUCUGGGUGCGCACUUCACCUACUUCUUCUUUGUGCGUCUCCUCGGCAUUGAGAUCCUGAUCUUCUACGGACUGAACCGCCGCUCCAAGGCCAUCUGGGCCAACUCAAUCUUCUUCAAGAACAGAUUCUACAACAUCAGCAUGACCCUGGAAAAGACCAGCAUGACCUCCAACAGUCAGACAUCUGGCCAGAGUUCAAACAGUGUUCGCAUGUCAAGUCAAACUGGUAUUGAGGAGAGUAGCGUUGACACACGAGAGUGA